CCUGCCAUAUUUUCUAUAAACAGGAGUCAAACGCGCAAUUUCAGGCCGUUUCUCUCUGAUAUUCUAUCUCUCUCUCCCCCUGAAUCAUGCUCUGCCCUCGCUGCCUAUGAACUAUAAUAAAUGCUCUCCAUCUGUUAUUAGCGUCCUUCACGUUGUCUUUCUUGGUUACAAUAUUUCGGAUCACCACAUGACCCUUUCCUGCCCUUCCAACAACCAAGGGCAAGACCAUAUCCACAAAACUACCCUACUCUCUUUUAGGCUUUUCCCUCCCUUGUGCAUUUGAGUUUUUCAACAAAACAGCCAGCCCACCGCGGAAAGCUAGGAGACAAGACCAAUCCCGCUAUCCUUUUUGUCCUUUGCUCUUUGUGACUCUCUCUGUCUUUGGCCUUAGCCACAGACAAUUCUUACCUUUUUAAUUUCAUGCCAUUGUUUUGCACGCUAACAUAUAUACACAUUCACCGGUUCCAAGCAGUCUCCCUGUCAACAUUCUCUGCACUUUUUCUGUUUUCCAUCUUUCCUCUACGUGGUUUUGGGAGGGUCAAAAGUGAUUUGGUUUUCUUCUUCUCUACACUGUUGAUGAGUUGAUGUCUUUGGCCGUUGGAGCUGUACCAAGUUGCAGUAAUAUGGGGUUUGAUGAUGACAAGGAGGCAGCUGAAGACAAGAGCAAGACUUUAGAAAAGAAGGCAACUCAUCCUGAAGAGAGCGAUGAUGAUGGAGGAGGGAAAAUAGGCAGCAGACAGAUGAGCGAAUCCUCCUUCUAUGCAACUGAGGAUGAUGAUAAUGAUGAUGAGCAUCGCGCCUCAAUUCAGUUGGGUCCACAGUGCACUCUCAAAGAACAGCUUGAAAAAGAUAAGGAUGAUGAGAGCUUAAGGAAGUGGAAAGAGCAGCUUCUUGGAAGUGUGGAUAUUGACAACAUUGGAGAAACACUUGAACCAGAAGUAAAGUUCCUUAGCGUGUCUAUUGUGUCUCCUGAUAGGACUGAUAUAGUUCUAUCAAUUCCAGAAGAUGGAAACCCUCAGGGUUUAUGGUUUACACUGAAAGAAGGUAGCCAUUAUCGCUUGAAAUUCUCCUUCCAAGUUGGAAAUAACAUUGUAUCUGGGCUCAGGUACACCAAUACUGUUUGGAAAACAGGUGUCAAGGUUUUCAGCACAAAAGAGAUGAUUGGAACCUUUAGCCCUCAGCUAGAGCCUUAUACACAUGAAAUGCCUGAAGAGACAGCACCUUCUGGUUUUUUUGCUAGAGGAUCAUAUACUGCAAAAUCAAAGUUUCUUGAUGAUGAUAACAAGUGCUACUUGGAGAUCAACUAUACAUUUGACAUCCGUAAAGAGUGGGCGUAAAGAGUGGGCUGCUGAUCCGUGAACGGAGAAGAACUUGAUGAGCUCUAUCACCCUUAAUGCACCAGAUGUUCUUAUGCCAUUAUAUAUUUGCUAUAAGUUUUAUCCCCUUUCAGACAUUUUUAACUGCUGGUUUCCCGGUUAUCUUAACCACUUCAUUUCUGUCUAGACCAGUUCCCAUGACAAAGGCAAGCGAGAUAAAGGUUUCACUUGGCAAAGCUUUAUUAAUUAA